CAGGUGAAGGUGGCCGGGCUGAGGUCGAGGCAGGUGGUCUCCCUGAGAGCCAGCUCAACCGACGACAAGGGAACUGUGUUCAGCUCUGCGGCCACCUACAGAGCCAAUGGCAACGGGGAGAUUGACUUGAAGAGAGACCCCUCGCUCAGUGGGAGGUACGUUGGGGUUGAACCGAUGGGUCUGCUUUGGUCGAUGACACCGGACUCUUUGCAUAAAAGACUUCAGAAGAUAAAUGCCCUUAAUCCAUUCAUGGUAAAGUUCUCAGUGCACGAGGAGACAGGUGAGGGCCGGAUUCUGGCAGAGGCGACUAAUGAGAGGAUUCUAAUGGGAGAUGGGGUCAUUCGGGUCCCUGUCAAAGAGGGGAACAUUCGAGGAGUCCUGUUUACUCCUCCAGGCAGGGGUCCCUUCCCAUCUGUGUUAGAUUUGUACACUUAUGGUGGAGGUCUGUCAGAGAAAAGAGCCUCUCUGUUGGCCAGCAGAGGAUUUUUGGUUCUGACUGUUGCCCUGUAUGGCCACGAUGACCUGCCUAAAAACGUUAAGGAGAUCCACCUGGAUUAUUUGGAAGAAGCAGUCGAGUUUCUAAAAAAACAAACUAAGGGUUCCAGUAAAAAAGUUGGUGUAAUAUCCCUUUCCAAAAGUGGAGAUCUUGCCUUAUCAGUUGCUUCUUACCUACCAGAUGUUGAGGCCACAGUGUGGAUCAAUGGCUGCUCUGCCAAUGUAGUUUUGCCUUUCUACUAUAAGAAAAGACAAAUACAUUCUGCAUUAAUGUUUGAUUUAAAGAAAGCGAUUCCCACUGAGUCAGGGGCCUUCAUCACCAAAUACGUUUUAAACAAUCCUCUGGCAGAGGAGAACAAGGGCAGCCUGAUUCCCAUUGAACAAGCCAAAGGACAUUUCCUCUUUGUGGCCUCUGAGGAUGACCUCUGCUGGGACAGCAAGGCAUACAUGGACCAGAUGGUGGAGAGACUGAAGCGUCACGGGAAGGAGAAGUUUGAGAGUGUGUCAUACCCUGGAGCUGGACACUACUUAGAGCCACCUUAUGGACCCUACUGCCGUUCCAGCUUCAAUGUGGUUUUAGGCAAGCCAGCCUUGUGGGGAGGUGAGCCCAAGUCCCACGCAGCAGCUGAGGUCCACAUGUGGAAGAAGAUCCAAGAUUUCCUCAGAAAUCAUCUGAGCUCUGAUGCUGCACAGAAUAGGGCCAAGUUAUAGUUUCAAACAAGAUAAUGAAUAACAAAAAUUAAAGUCACGACUGCCAUAAAACUGUGUGAUAAUCAUGUCUGACCUGUUUAAAUGUGUUGAUUAAUGAUUCACUAUUUUAGACAUUUAAAGUCUGUAAUUUAUCACAACAUGUAGAACGGGAUCGUCUUUACCCUCGAGGUAUAGCUAUAAUUUUGUGUUAAUACUCCAUAGUGUCAUGUCAAUGCUUGUAAGUUUUCUGUUUUCAUCAUUAAAGUUGGUAAAAUUUGAAAAAUGUUUAUUUGUAUAAAACUUAAAAAGCGUAUCCUGAAUUCUUGACAUGAUGUAGAUCCAGUCCUUCUGUCACACUGAGGUACUUUGAUGUCACGAGACGAUCCAGUUGUCACAGGGAGAUGUUGCUGCAGACUUUGUCUCAUGUCUAUUAAAAUAUCUAUUAAAAUUAAA